GCUGUGUAGUGAUGACGAUGUUAUAUAUCCAAAUCGUUCAACUAGUUACUCAUCAAAUUCAGGACAAAGUAUCGAUGGACAAUGGAUAAUAGUUGAACCUGGAAAUGACAAGAUAUCACGAGUCUUACCAGCUUUCCAAGAAAAAACUGGACCUAAUUUUCCAGUUAGCUCUUGUCCUUCUUCAAAUUAGAUCUGAAAUAAGUGAUUUUACUAAUCAAUAAAUAACUAAAAAAGGAAUUUCGUUAUUCAAGCAUAAUCGGCGAAAGUUUCUUUGUUAGUUUCUCGUAUGUCAGAAUUAAAAAAAUAAUGAUAAGUGCCAUUGCACAUAUGACCUCUCCUCGAUUCAUUUUCUCCUCGCCAAACAUAUGUUAUUGACACGACAGAACGAAAAAAAAAUUCUUUCGUUCUGCUUGUCUUCAAUUGAAGACAAGCGGGAUUCAACAAGUUAAGCAAAACAGCCACAUUAGCUGAAUGGGCAUGUGGUGUUGAUUUAGCAUUAGGGACCUAUUUACCAUUAGAUGUCGUUGGUCCCGAACGUACAUAUCGACUUAAAGAAGAAAAGAAAUAUCGAUCAAUAUUAACAGAAUAUGCCAUUAAUGAUGUUUUCGUAGUUACCAAAUUAUCUUAUAAAUUAAAUUUAAUACAAUUUUUAUCAACAAAUGAUUAUGAAGAUGUUUCCGACGAUGAAGACAAUAUUAAUUUACAACAAGAAGUAUCAAUUAAUAUACCAUCAACAUAUGAAGAAGUAAUAGUUCAUGAAAAAGAAAUAUCAUAUCAACAACAAGAAGACAUUGAACCAAUUCGACCAAUCAAUAAUGAAUAUUAUGAAUCACAUUAUAAUGAAUCAUUAUGUGUACAACAUGAAUCAAUAGAACUUGAAUCAGAUGUUAUUGAACUUCAACCGGAUGAUGAUAUGGAUACACAAUCUAUACCUGAAAUUAUGAAGCUUCAUUUUUAUCAUGAACCAAGUCAACGAUAUAUACAACAACAUCAUGAUGAACAGUCAUCAAAUCAACAGAUGACAGUUCAUAUAAGAAACGAACCGGAUCAGGUAAGAAAUUCCUAUCAUUUAGAUCCAAUAACAACAUUAACAAAAAAACAAAUACGAAAUCGAAAAACAAAUCGUCGUCAUCGUGCAAACCGUUAUCGAUUUAAAGUUAUUCGUACAGUUUAUCAUUUAUUUAGUAUUAUACAAAUUAAACGUAUAUUAAAAUCAAUGACUAUUUAUUCUCUUAAUGUCAAUAUGAUCCGACACAAAUUAUCUAUUG